AUGUCUUCACCACAACAGCGUCUAAGCUCUGUCGCCAACCAGUUGGCUGCUCCUGGCUCUGCCCGCCAGAAGCUUCUGGCCAAGAACCCCGAUGAUAUUGUCAUCACCUACCUUGCCCGUACACCUCUCACCAAAGCCCGAAAGGGUGGAUUGAAGGAUACCACCGUCGAUGACCUCCUCGUCUCCCUCCUCACGAGCGUCCGCGAGAACUCCAAGCUGGACCCAAGCCUCGUCGAAGAUGUCUGUGUCGGCAACGUUCUCUGCCCAGGCUCCGCCUACGUCGCCCGCUCAGCAGUCCUAGCAGCUGGCUUCCCCGUAACAGCAGCCGCGUCAAUCGCCAACCGAUUCUGCUCCUCCGGCCUACUUGCCGUCCAAAACAUCGCCAACCAGAUUAUUGCCGGCUCAAUCGACGUCGGUGUAGCCGUUGGCGCUGAAAGCAUGAGCAAGAACCAAGACGGCGGUGCCCCAGAAAUGUCCGCCUCUAUUACGGCCCACCCAAUCGCAUCUCAGAACUCCCAGCCCAUGGGCCAGACAUCUGAGAAUGUCGCCAACCAGUUCAACAUCAGCCGUGCGCAGCACGACGCCUUUGCUGCAAAGUCUUUCCAGAAGGCAGAGCGUGCCCAGAAAGCUGGAUGGUUGAAUGAUGAGAUUGUUCCCGUUAAGACUCAGAUUAAGGACCCUAAGACUGGUGAAGUUAAGGAUGUCGUUGUUGACCGUGAUGAUGGUAUUCGUUACGGUACUACCCCUGAGUCCCUGGGCAAGGUGCGCGCUGCGUUCCCCCAGUGGGCUCCUAGUGCCACUACCGGUGGUAAUGCCUCUCAGAUCACCGAUGGCGCCGCUGCUUUGGUUCUAAUGAAGCGUUCGCGUGCCGUGGAGCUUGGUCAGCCUAUUGUUGCUAAGUUCUGUGGUGCUACUGUUUCUGGUCUUGAGCCCCGCAUUAUGGGCAUUGGACCGUCGCUUGCCAUCCCCAAGAUUCUUGGCAAGUUCAACUUGAGCAAGGAUGAUGUUGAUAUCUUUGAGAUUAAUGAGGCUUUCGCUUCUAUGGGUGUCUACUGUGUCAGCAAACUUGGCUUGGAUGAGUCUAAGGUUAAUCCCCGUGGUGGUGCCAUUGCUUUCGGUCACCCUCUCGGUGCUACUGGUGCCCGCCAGGUCGUCACUGCUCUCUCUGAGCUGCGUCGCCAGGACAAGCGCGUUGCCGUGACCUCCAUGUGUGUUGGAACUGGCAUGGGUAUGGCCGGUAUCUUCGUUUCCGAGCACUAA